AUGAACGGGGACGCACCUUCAGGUCGGGGACCAGUCUCAUCGACUCGGCCCCCGUCCACCCGCACCACAAAACGGGACAAGAAACGCAUCCACUGGGCACCACUAAACAUCGGCCUAGAACGACGUCUCCAAACACUUAUCGUCCUCUGCCACACCCUAACAAUCGUCCUCUUCCUCUGCAGCUUCUUCUUCACCUGCGCCAUCCCCCUAUUCUGGCCCCUCCUCCUCCCCUACCUAGUCUACAUCUCCCUAUUCUCAACAGCACCAACAUCCGGCGACCUAAAGGGCCGAAGUAACUUCCUCCGCUCACUACCAAUAUGGUCCGUCUACGCCUCAUACUUCCCCGCAACACUCCACAGAGAAGAAGAACUUCCCCCAACAAAGAAAUACAUCUUCGGCUACCAUCCACACGGGAUAAUAUCUCACGGCGCAUUCGCAGCCUUCGGCACCGAAGCCCUCGGCUUCAAAAAACUAUUUCCCGGGAUAACAAAUACCCUCCUCACCCUCGAUUCCAACUUUCGCAUCCCCUUUUAUAGAGACUACGCCCUGGCCAUGGGCUUGGCCAGCGUCUCACGAGAAUCAUGCGAAAACCUACUCUCAAAGGGUGGAGCCAAUAGCAAAGGAAUGGGUCGCGCCAUAACAAUCGUUAUCGGCGGUGCGCGGGAGUCCCUGAACGCCCAACCACAUUCACUCAAACUCGUCUUGAAACGACGCAAAGGAUUCGUCAAAUUGGCGAUUCGCACAGGCGCGGAUCUUGUUCCUGUUCUCGCCUUUGGCGAAAAUGAUCUCUAUCAGCAGGUUGAUUCGGAUGAACAUCCUAUCAUUCAUAAAGUGCAGAUGCUGGUUAAGUCUACGAUGGGAUUUACUAUUCCGCUGUUUCAUGCGAGGGGGGUGUUUAAUUAUGAUGUCGGGUUGAUGCCUUAUCGUCGGCCUUUGAAUAUUGUUGUUGGAAGGCCGAUUCCUGUUAUGCAGCAGUCUAAUCGGGAUAUGAUUGAUGACUCUUAUAUUGAUGAGUUGCAUGGGAGGUAUGUGGAGGAGUUGAAGAGGUUGUGGGAUACGUGGAAGGAUGUUUAUGCUAAGGAUCGGAAUGGGGAGCUGGAGAUUAUUUCGUGA